GCAAAUUUCGAGGCGCUCAUCAAGGCUUUAUCACUGCUUGUCGGGUUGUUUUCAGCAGAGAUAAAGUUUGCAGAGAUUUAUCCCCGUUUAUUUAUUCUAUAGCCAUUGUAGUAAGAUAUUAAAAUGUUUGAUGAGACAUGUUGUUUACUAUGUUUAAAAAGUUCAAAGGAUCAAAUAUAUUUGGACUCCAAAGAAGUUAUCGACUUGAAUGGACGUGAAGUGAUUGAAUUGCAUUUUAAGGAUGGGCUGGACAUGAUGUCUCAAAUUGAAAUGAAGUUCAUUUGUCGAAAUUGUUGGAAUUCAGUAGAAACAUUUCAUGAAUUUUAUGAAAAUGUGAAGCUAGUGCAUAAGGAAGCUGCGUAUACUCUCAAAAGUGCGACUUUCGAAACCGAUAGUUUUGAAAUAAAAGAAGAAAUCAUGUCUAAUGACGACGCACAAGUUGAACCACUUUCGGAAUAUAUAAUUAAAGUUGAAGAAUUUAUGUUACCCGCCUCAACUAGUCCCACAGAUAUAUGUAAUCCAUCAGAGAUGGUUUCUGAAGACUUAGAGAUUAAAGAUGAGCCUUUAAUCGAAGAAUGUAUGGACAAUUCUGUAUCAUCGUACGAGUAUAGUUCUGAUUCUGAAGAAUUGGAGAGUGAGAAUGAAGAAGAUAGUCACUCAAAACGAAAGUCUCGUAAAAUAAAUCAAAGAAAAAGCGUUAGUAAGAAAACUGCGGAAUUAGAUGAAUAUAUUGCAAAGAAAAAUUUUAAAUUUACUUGUUGCAUUUGUCAAAUUCCAUUAGAGGACUUCACACAUUUGAAAACCCAUUUCAGUGAAGCACAUAAAACGAGUGGUUAUGUGCUAUGUUGUGGUAAAAAAAUACGUCAACGAGGUUUAUUAAUUGAUCAUAUUCAUUUUCAUGAAGAUCCCGACUAUUUCAAAUGUAAACAUUGCGGAAAGCGAAUGACGGAGCGACGUUGCAUCGAUCUUCAUCUUCAGUAUGUGCAUGGCAAUCGGGAACGUGUACAUCGUUGUACAAUUUGUUCAAAGGGAUUUUUCCGUGCUUCUUGUUUGAAACAGCAUUAUAAUAACAUUCACGUUACAGAAGAUCAAAAAACCGUACCGUGCUUAGAAUGUGGUAAAACCUUCUCCGACGACAUUCAAUUAGGAAAACACAUGCGUCUAAUCCAUGUUGGUGCGCCGGGAAAACUAAUAAAGUGUGCUCUAUGUGAUACUGCGGUCAAAACGAAAUAUGGCUUAGCACGUCAUAUGAAAACAAUGCACACGGAGGAGUAUCAAACUCCACAAACCUGCCCAAUUUGUUCUAAAGUGUCACCGUCUCUGCAAGCUCAUCGUGAACAUAUAAAGUAUAUGCAUUCCUUGCAAAGAAAACAUGAAUGCAAAUUAUGCGACAAAGCCUUUAAACGAAUUACCGAUUUUAAAGAACAUAUGGCAACCCACACCGGAGAAGCUUUAUAUACCUGUAGUUUUUGUCCACAAACUUUCAAAUCUAAUGGCAAUAUGUAUUCUCAUCGAAAGAAGAAACAUGCUAAGGAGUGGGCCGAACAGUCCGCGUUGAAGAAAAGCUUAGCGGUACCUUUAAGGCAGGCUGUCGAAGCUGAUUAAUAUAACAAAUUUGCUGCGAGAACGUUUAUUGGAUUUGAAAUGUCAAGCCGUUAAGUUAUUUAAUAAUUAUUUUGUAUUAAUGAUUGUGAUUUAGAACCAUUUAUUUGCAUUUUUCGGAAAAUAAAAUGUGGUGUUUAAUUUGAA